CCAAGAUGGCGGCGGCGGCGGGAAAUGCGAGCGGGGGCCGAGUGUGGAGAGUCUGAGGAGCCGGAGCGCCAUGGAUGCCCCGGGCUGCAUGAAGGCCCUGCUCCUCGCAGCCACGGAGUACCGCGCCGCCAAGACACCGCACAACGCCGCGCUGCUGCAGCGCAGCCUGGAGGUUAUCUCUGGACUGAAGCUCACACGUUUUUUUGCUUCAAACCAGAUUCUACCAAGUGAAUGUAUCAGUUGUCUUGUAGAGCUCCURGAGGACACUAAUAUAAACCCAUCUCUGGCCUUGUCUGUGAUUACUUUGCUAUCACAACUAGCUUCAGACACUGAGACUAGAGAAGCUCUCCAGGACACCUACAACCUGACCAGUGUGCUAGCAGGAGUGGUUCAUCGAAGUUCUACUAAUYUGAGUGACCCAGUUUUAUUACAGGGUAUUCAAUUGCUGCAGAGACUAACCUACAAUGUUCCAGUCUUUUGCCCCGGUGUCAACAUCGAUGGAUUAAUUUCAUUUUUAAUGCAUCGUGUUCAAUCCUCUGAAGAUGAGUUAACAAUACCGUGUUUAGGACUCCUGGCAAACCUCUGUCGUCACAACUUGUCUAUUCAAAGUCAGAUAAAAUCUUUGAAUAAUGUGAAGAGUUUCUAUCGUACCUUAAUAAGUUUCUUGGCCCACAGCAGUUUGACUAUAGUUGUCUUUGCACUUUCGGUGUUAUCAAGCCUUACCCUAAAUGAAGAAGUAGGGGAAAAACUCUUUCAUGCUCGAAAUAUCCAUCAGACAUUUCAGUUAAUAUUCAAUAUUGUUGUAAAUGGAGAUACUCUCACAAGAAAAUAUUCUGUUGAUCUACUCAUGGAUCUUAUGAAGAACCCUAAAAUUGCYGAUUAUCUUACCAGGUAUGAGCACUUUACUUCUUGCCUUGGUCAAGUAUUAGAUCUUCUUCAUGGAAGAGACCCUGAUUCAUCAUCUAAGAUCUUAGAGCUGCUGCUUGCCUUCUGCUCUGUGCUAGAACUGCGUCAUACCCUGCGGCAGGUGAUACUGGAACCAGCUGGCUUGCCAGUCUCUGGAAACACCAGAUUUGUGACUCGCUCAAAGAGUUUUGAACCAUCUGUUGCAUUGGUACACUUGUCAAACCAACCAUUGGAAGGCUCUGAAGACUGUUCAGGUCUAGCAUUGCAACUAUUCAAAGAGAUUUUUGAGGAUGUUAUUAACAAUAGGAAUGGUGUCUCAGCUGAACAYUUUAUGGAUCUCUUGCUGCCUGUUCUUCUUGAUCAUCUUCAGAUGCCAGAACAGAUUGUGGAUGAGCUAUUAGUGAAGAAAAAGUGUGAAAGAAUGGUCAAGGCAAUUAACGUCUUGACAAUGCUCUGCAGAGAUGACCUACUGAAAAUGCGUGUCUCGAAGGUGCUGACUGCCAGCCAAUGCACAUGUCUGAUAGAACACCAGUUUCCUUAUAGUGGGAUUGAUACUGGUUUUGGGACAAAAUUAGUGGACUCUAAAAUGUGCAAACUUGCUGCUGAUAUUAUUUUGAAAACACUUGAUCUUAUGAGCAGAUUGCAGCAGGAUGUACCUGGUAUGAAGGUCAGCUUCUACAAAAUGUUGCAGGAUCAACGCUUGAUUACGCCUUUGACAUUUGCUUUAACAUCRAACCAUGGAGAGCAAGUCCAAGUGGGACUUAAAAUACUGUUUGAGGCUGCACCCUUACCAGAUUUUCCUGCAAUAGUGCUGGGUGAAAGCAUUGCAGCAAAUAAUGCCUACAGACAACAAAAAAUGCAGCACACUGCAAAGAGAAUCCAAAUGCAGUCACCUGUGACCAGCACCACUUCAGUGAGAUGUUCUUCAUCCUGUCCUUCAAGUAAUGAGUCCAAAGCUUCUAAUAUUGAGGAAUURAUACAAAAACUUCAUUCUGGACUAGAGAUGAAGGAGCCUUUGGCUGAUGUGAGGGUAUCUGACAUAAUGGAUGUCUACGAGCAGAAGCUGUCGGCAUUAGCAUCUAAAGAAAUGAGGCUGCAGGAUCUUCUGGAAGUAAAGACAGUAGCUCUAGCUCAAGCUGAGAGGCUGAUGGCUCAGUACCGGUGUCAGAGAGCCCAGGCUGAGUCUGAGGCAAGAACUCUUGCUGCAAUGCUGAAGGAUGCAGAACGAAAAAAUGAAGAGCUUAACGAUUUGCUGAAAGCUCUACAGGUAGAAUCUGAAAGAGCACGGACUGAUAUUGAACARCUCUUUCAACACAACAGGAAAUUGCAGGCAGUUGCUGAAGARCAUGAAGUACUGAAAAAAUCCUCUCUAGAUCUUCUGCAGAGGUAUGAAACAACUGAAAGACAAUAUAAAGAUCUACAGAUUACAUGCAAUUCAUUAAAUAAACAAGUGGAAGCAAUGAAGAAACAAAAUGAAUCACUCAYGCAGCAGAAUGACAGGACUGCUGCACAGUUAGUAGAAAGUGAAGAUCACAGAAAAGAAUUACAGGAACAGCUACAGGAGAGAGAUGCCAAAAUAGAGACUUUGCAACAGAAAAUAAAUGUUCUGGAAGAAAAAGUAAAAACUCAACAGGAAGAAAAAACAGAUAUGGAACAAACUAUUGAUAUCCUUAGAAAGGAAUUAAGUGAAACARAGCAAGCAAGGGAAGAACUGAGUAUCAAGGCAUCUUCKCUGGAAGUUCAAAAAUCCCAGUUGGAAGAAUGCUUGGGAGAAAAAGAAGUACUCAUAAAUCUACAGAAGGAAGAGUUGGACAAACAUGCCAGCAUGAUUGCAAUAAUUCACAAACUCAGUGGUGGCAAGCUAAAUGCAGAAACARUGAACCUCAGUUUGUAGGGCUCUGUUUCCUGUGCUUUAUAGUUUCUUUUAAAUGAGCUAAGUUAUAGGGAUGACUGCCAGCUUUGUAGGCAGCACAGGUAGUUUGACUGCAUUUUUGCGUAAUGCAGUUGUUGCUUAGAAAGGUCAGCAACAAAAAAAAAAAUGUUAUCAGAAUUGCUGAAUUAAGGAGUUUUGUUGGAGUUUUGCAAACUCAGUUGGGAAASAAAGCAUUAUUAACCAUGAAUUUUUGCUUCAGUGUAAUGGGUUGAAAACAUUUAGAGUAGAGUAACAUUUAAAGUAGAUUUGCAGACAUGGAUUCUUUCCCUUUAAAUCUCUUGGUCGUGGAGAAAGGGUAAGUAAAUGUUGGGAGGGGUUUUGUUGUUUGGGGUGUUUUUUCCUUCUUUUCUAUCAGAAACUACUUGAGUAAACAAAUUCUAGUAGGAAAUGCCAAGCAUGUUAAUAAYUAAAUUGAUAAAUGCCACUUUGACUUGGUCAUGUGGUAGAAUGGGAUGGAAAAAACAUCAAACUGCUCACCAGAGUAAGAGCAAUAAGGUACAUAUCUACAGAAAAUGGUAAAUGAAUGUUUAGCAUUUAUGUGACAGAAUCYAGAGUAUGUAAAUAUUGAUUUACAUUUUUGCCCCCUAGAAAAAUGAGGUGGUUUAAUAUGCUGUUCUAAGCCAAGCAUAGCUGCACUCUGUGUUGUAAAGCAAAUAAAUGCGUGAAAACAUCAAGGUAUUUUGACAGCAUUUUUGUGUUAUUUUGUGGCAGUGUUUUUCCAAAUGGUAAUGAAUAGUAGCUAGUGGAACUAGCAAAUAAAUUGAUGUCUGUUUAAAAUUUUGUUCUAAACAUGUGUCUCUCUUCACUGUAGAAAAACCUGGAGAUUUUUGUACUUAAUUCACGCUGAGAAAUACCUGUGUAAGGUGUUUUGCUUUUAGGUAUCUUGAUAUUAUCAGUUCUGUAAUCAAAAUAAUGCUGYAAUAAAGUUCCCUGUGCUGUUUUAAUAUUUAUGUUAUGUGCUGUAUCCACUGUGCUAUUGGACUUUUUUCCCUUUCCCCACAGGCUCCCUCAUUUAAUGCAGGGAGUAGCUGGCACCAGCACGAUGARCUGCUCUUCAAUAGAGUAGAUUUUUAAUGAUCUGUGUCAUGUGAGGUUGUCAAUUGCCUGCUCUACAAGCACAGAUUUUGUGCUGUCUUAGUUUGAGCAUCCUCUCAUCUCAAUAUCAGGCACUCCAGUGUUUCUUAUCUGAAAGUAGCUGCCUUUUAUUCUAUGUAAUCUGGAGAGUUUUCUAUUCAGCAUGUUUUUCUCUAUGGCUUUGUAUGUUAUUUCAUUCAUAUGUAAAARUACCCCUAAAUGUGUAUUUAUUUUUCUUUAGUAUGUGUUUUCUGUGCUGUCUAGUUCACUUUUGGUGUACUUAYGGAAAGAAAUAACAUAA